GUUGGAGAGAUUGGGGACAAUUCCUUCGGAUCCAGAGUUCUCAGAAGGACUCGGUGAACUGCAAUAAUGGUUUCCAGACCUUUGCCAACAAUUCACUACAAUAAUGCUGCCUGAUUAGAUUGUCGUAAAAGUUUCACUGCUGCUACACAAAGAAAAUUGUUAACCAUGAUGACCAUGCUCGACCAAAUGAAGAAAUAAUAAUAAUAAAUGAGUAAAAAAUAAUAAUUUAAAGACAGAUAGCCAAUAAGAGUUGAUACAACUUGACUGAAUCUUGAAUGAAAUCAAAGGAAAACAGAACGAUACUUUGACAAAAAAAAAUAUAUGUAUGUAUGUAGUAUAUUCACUUUCUCAAUAAACAUAUUUAUGUGGGUGUGUAAAAGAUGACAUACGUAUGUAUGUAUGUAUAUCGAUAUGUGUUUGAUCAAAUUAGUGUUUCUGUGCUUUGCCAACCUCCCCUCAACUAAAUAAUUUCCUGUGGCCUUAUUCAAUAAAUAAACUCAUCAAGAGUUUUAUUAAGCACAAAAUUAAAACGCUUAAAGACGGCACAAGUGUAAAAGUGAGUGUAUUGUGAAGUGAGAGUAUUUGUGUAUGAAACGAUUUAAAGAAACUCAUAAAAUAUAAAUAGAAGCAGCACAGCCAGUGUAUCAAAAAUUAAUAAUACAGUAAGUGAAAAAACACAUGUGAAAUAAGAAAAUGUGAGAACUUAAAUUAAUAAUAAAAAUCGGCCGCUACGUAUACAUUAUAUUUAGCUUAUCAACACAUAACAACAAAAAGAACGCUAAAAACCGAAAAACGUGCAUUCGCCGAACAAAAAAAUAAAAUAACAAAAAAAAAGCAAAAAAAAAACAUUGAAGUGUCAUAAAGAUCACUAUUUUUACAAAUAUAUAUAUACAUAUGUAGAUACAUAUGUAUGAACAUACAAACAUUCAUAUACAUAUAUACAUAUAAAGCCGAAACAUAUACCAAUAGUUUGGUGCAGUGUUUUAAUUCCUCUUCGUCACGCACAGUGGUACACAGUUGAUAAAAUCUCUAAUUGCAAAGUACUGUGAAUGAGUAAUUUCGAAUAUACUGGGCAAUAGAAACUUUAUAGGAAGCGAUUCAAAAUUCCGCGUGAAUAACCGAUAAAAAUCAACAGCUGAUCAAAUAUAUUUAAUGGUUGGCUCUCCAUAGUGUGAGCAAUAUUUUAUUCCGCAGCAACUACCGUUGCGCGCGCAAAGCAUAAUUGCUGUUAUAUAUUCGAUAUUUUUUGUACAAUUUGACGAUUUGUCGCAGCAAACGCCGCGCUUGCAUCCAUCACGUUGUUGCAUAUACAAAUGAGUAGCAAAAACAAAAACAGAACCAUUACAGUUAAGACUUUACCACACUACAAAGAACAACUGCAGCAAUUACAACAACGCAUCGAAGAGUUGAGCUUCAUCAAUAUACGACGUGCGAUCUUCACCUUCAAGCGUCUCAAUCACAACCCAGAUAGCAAUCGCCGCGUUGGGAUUACAAUAGGCAAAAGACGGAAAAACUUAACAAGCUCCACAAACGCAACAACUGCAACAACUGCAGCGAUAGCAACAUUGUAUGACAGUAAGCGGUGCCAACAACACUAACUAAACCAGAAACACCAGCAAAACAGCUGAGUUGAAAGAGUAAACACUCCGUGCAGAGUUGAACAAAGCAAUCUGCAGUGGCUAAAUUGCAGUUGACAGCUGCAGCAGAGCAAAGCAAAGAGAAAUCGGUGCUACAGUGCAACAGUGCAGCGGAGCAAGGUGUUCCAGCACAAACCAGUUUGACGCUUUGCAAAGCGACGCAUGGUGACGACUCUAACCGAAUUCUCAACUAACUUAGACGAGGAGGAGGGGAAGAUCAAAAGAAAGACGGUGAAAGAGUGCCAAAGAAAAGAACUCGAACAAGUCGAAGGUGUGGAAAUUAGUAUAAAUAAAAUACAAAAAUAUUGUGCAAAAAAGAGCGUAUAAUUAAACAGCUAGCAAGAGAGGUGAAUUGCAGCGAAACUGCAUUUCUAUUAGUUGACCGUAGCGAGCCCAACCGUGUGAGGUAAAUAAGCUGUUGUAACGGUUGAUUGCAAUCGAAUAAGCAUUCGUAACUACAAUAAAAGUGGACAAAUAGUGCGACACGCGUGAUACGAAUAGCUUGUGAUCGAACAGAGCACUUCGUAACUCGUAACGAAGUUAAAAAUACAAGUUCAUCAAUAAAUCGUCAAUGAAAACAAUAACUAAGUAAUUUAUACAAAAGGAUAAAAGUCGCGCCCUAUUUGACUCUAAUAGCGAAGCUACGGCCCCAGACUGCAACAGUAUUGCAUGUUUAUAGAAACGACAACUGAACUAAGUAAGGUUACCGAAUAACCUAAAGUUGAACAAACGGAGAAAUCUAAUUGCGCGUGAACACAGAAAUACUAAACAAACCAUAACAGUUCUCCAACCCUCCCGUACGUACACGGUACGGCAGCGUGCGCAACACAGUACCGUUGCCUCACCGGCGAAAAGUUAGAUCUGGCCUUCGUUGCGGCGUGCAGCUGUUCAGAUCAGCAGUUUAAGAGUUGCUCCACCUGAACCUGAUUCGCCGCCAUUUGUAGCAAGUUGCUGUGUAUGUUGAAUUUGUGCAUUGACUGCUGAUUGCAAUACAAUCGCACGUGUGAACGAUUUCGAUUGCCCCUUCGCAUCUUCUCAAUGUUUGAGUUCUGUGCAGAUAUGGGACAAAUUGGCCAAGAUUGUUCUAAUCAAGAUUACAAUAUGGAAGAUUUGGAGUUGGAUCAGGUCACGCAGGUGAUUAAUUAUCAUCCGCGUUUCCUCGAUCAUUUUCUACGAACACAAAACUUCAUUAUGGACGGCGAUGGGCCACUGCCAUAUGAUUACCGUUACUAUCUGGCCAUAAUUGCUGCAGCCCGGCAUCAAUGCCCAUACCUUGUGAAAAUGUACGAGAAGAAGUUCAUCAAUCAGGGCGGCAAGGCCGAGUGGCUGAAUGGCUUAGAUUAUAUCCCAUCAAAAUUACGUGCCAUAUAUGAUAUAAAUAAAAUACUAGCCCAUCGACCGUGGCUCCUACGCAAAGAACACAUCGAGGGUCUAACGAAAGGCAAAAACAGCUGGUCGCUGUCCGAAGUGGUGCAUGCAAUGGUUCUGCUCUCGCAUUUUCAUUCGCUAUCUUCAUUUGUAUUCUCCUGCGGUCUCACACAAAAACUGGAUGGUCUGUCUAGUCCUAAAUUAAAGACUGCUCCGGCACUAUUGUCCGCCGCCCAGCAGCAAUUGUCGACGAACCUACCGCUGCCACCGUUGCAACAACAAAUACCACAACAACCAAAGGCGGUCCUAAGUGAGAUAACAAUCAACAACAACAACAACGUUCUAGACCAUAGUAAUCAUCAGAUGUAUAAUAAUAAUAACGUGCCAAAUAUAAGCGGCAGCCCAUCUAUGCCCACUGACAUCACCACACAUGGCGCAACCAGCAAUGGCGUCGCUAAACAUACUCCUUCCGGCUCGCCCCAACCAAAUGUGCCGGUAGAGGCGCUGGUUGAACGCAUGAAAGUGCUCUCACAAAAACAUGACGAGUGCAGCGAAGCAGAACUGAGUAACCGUUUUAAGAGCGUUGAGAUGCAAACCGCCGAAUUACCUGCAGCCGCUCUCGAAGCCGCCAUCGAAGUACCGCCAAUCAUCUCACACUACAUCGAGGAUCCCACCUUCACAUAUCAGGAUUUUGCGCGUCGUGGUGCCGAAAAUAUACCCUCCACCUUCCGUGUUCAAGACUACUCGUGGGACGAUCACGGCUAUUCGUUGGUAAAUGGUCUGUACAGCGAUGUUGGUACUCUUUUGGAUCAAAAAUUUCGUGCCGCCUACAAUCUGACGUACUUCACCAUGGGCGGCUACCGCAAUGUGGACACGUCGAAAUUCCGUCGGGCCAUAUGGAAUUACAUUCAGUGCAUCUACGGUAUACGCCAUGACGAUUACGAUUACGGUGAAGUGAAUCAGGUGAAUAAAUGCUUAUUGGAUCGGCCUUUAAAAAUGUUCAUAAAAACAGCCUGCUGCUUCCCAGAAAGGAUUACCACAAAGGACUAUGACAGUAUACUUGUCGAACUGCAAGACAGUGAAAAGGUCCAUGUUAAUCUGAUGAUAAUGGAGGCCCGCAACCAGGCCGAACUGCUUUACGCGUUGCGUGAAAUAAUGCGCUAUAUGACAUGAUCUCAUUGUGAUUAAGCAUACAAACACAUACACACACCAAUAGAGAGAGGAAAACAAACAUAUUUCUUAUGAUUAAUUAUAUAAAUAUACACAUACAUACAUCAAUACACAUAUACAUAUACAUGGAAAUUUUAAAUGCUGGAAACACAUACAAAGCACUAAUAUUAUAUUAAGGAAAACAAAUUAUUAACCAAAAAUUAAACCAAUUAAAUUUCAGUAAAUAUAUGCGAGAGAAGGGAACACUAACACAGUUAGUCUUUGGUCAAGAUUAAAAUGUAAACACAUCACUGCGUCACUGCGCCGAAAACAAUGAAAAGCAUCUAGCCCUUUGAAACACACAUAAAUAUGCAAAUGUGAAAAUGUACACACAUUGAUACACCUACAUAAAGAGAUAUAUAAAUAAGAAGCAAUUAUUUUAAGGCAAACUACAAAGAAAUCAAAAAAUUGACCAAAAGCUUUUAGAGUUAAAAAUAAAAUAAAGGACUGUUAUUAUCAAAGUAAAAAUCAUAAUUUAGAUAAAGGGAAACAUAUUUUAACAAGUAAGGAAUAGCUAUGUUCGGAUAUAACCGAACAUUUUAUACUCUUGCAACUAUCAAAGAUCACAGACCUAAAAAAGUACCUUCAAGUACAUAAGCAUGUUAGUUAUACGGGAUCUAGGGCGAGUUUUCACCCGAUUUUAUUCAUUCUAAACAAACAUGUGUACAUUGUAAGAAAAAUACACCCUCUCGAUUUUAUUAAGAUAUUGGCCGAUAUACAUAUGUAUGUACAUACAUAUGUAUGUAUGCAAUAUAAAGUCACCCGGGAGUUCGAAAACCUCUUAUUAGGUAUGUGGGGGCUAAGGGAAGUAUUGACUCGAUUCAACCCAUUUGUAGCAUACAGACAUGCUACUAUAUAUCUCACAUAUUGACCGAACCUGGAAUUUCGUUUUGUGGGGGUGGAGGUACUCCGAUUACGCCCAUCUUCAAACUCGUACUUUUGUUUUGCUAAGGAACCAAGUUUCAGUAAGAUAUAUCAAUUUUUUCUCAACAGCUUGCACGCACGGACGGACGGACAGACAGUCACUCUGAUUUCAGCUCGUCACGUCAUCCUGAUCAUUUAUAAAUAUAACUCUUUAUCUAUCUCGUUUAGUUUUUGGUGAUACGUACAACCCUUUGGUGAACAGCAGCUGCAACAAUGUUGCAAGAGUAUAAAAAUUUGUGAAAUGUAUAAAACAAUUAAAAAAACCAUAACUGUGUUUUGUAAGAAGAAAGAAGGGAAAUUGUUGUUUUACUACCAUUUUACAAUGAUGUAUUCUGUGAAUUAAAUUGUAAUUAAUAUAAAUAUCAGAUGUAGAGAAAAAAUUAAGCGUUGACUUGUGUCUUUGUAUGCGUAAGAAUGUUCCGAUUGGCAAGCAAAAAAUAUUGUAAUGCCUAAUUGUGUUGUUAAUAGUUUUUUAUACUUAUGAUAAAUAUACCAUUAUUAAAGAAACUCCAUUUGCAUAUAUGUAUAAGCAUUAUUGUUAUCAUCAAGCUGACGAUGCUUGUGACCAUAAACAUGGCACGGUUGAUGCCGUAUUCAUUUCCUUUUGUAAGGUUUAUAGAGUUACUUGUUACUUUUUAAAAAGAAAAUUAAAAAAGCAUAAGUGAUUUUAACAAAUCUA